CGCGGGGCGGGGCGGUGCCCGCCCGCGGGGAGUCGCGGGGCCGGAGCUGUUGGUGGCGGUUGCCCGCCCGCCUGCCCGCCCGCCCGCUCGCGCCGCGCCAUGGAGCCGCCGCUCGCGCCGCCGCCGCCGUCGUUGGCGGUGCUACUGCUGCUGGCCCUCGCCCUGCUCGGCUCUGCCGGUCUAACUAGAAGCCUAAGUAUAACUUCAGCUGACCAAUCUAUGUUUGAAAAAGCUCAAGGAGAAAAAGUUACGUUGCCAUGUACUUUCGUACUCUCAGAAGAGGAUGAAGGCCCACUAGAUAUUGAGUGGGUCUUGAUACCAGCAGAUAAUCAAAAGAAGGAACAAAUAAUAAUUAUGUAUGCUGUAGACAGAAUUUAUAAUCAUUAUUAUGCUGCUAUGACUGGGCGGAUGCAGUUUACCAGUUCUGAUCCCAGAUCUGGUGAUGGUUCGUUGGAUAUCCUGAAUUUAAAGUCAGCAGAUACUGGCACAUACCAGUGCAAAGUGAAGAAAGCUCCUGGAGUUCAAAGCCAAAAAAUACAGUUGACUGUACUUGUAAAACCGGCAAGAACUAAAUGUUCCAUUGAAGGAUCACAGGAGAUUGGAAAGGACGUUACAUUGAAAUGUGCAUCACAAGAAGGAUCUCCACUUUUGUCAUAUGACUGGAGAAGAGUAUCUGGCACACAAGAACUUCCUGCCACGUCCACACUGAAUAGAAAUACGGGUGAACUUCUCUUGAAAAAUGCGUCUCAAGAAUAUUCUGGUGUAUACAGUUGUGUUGCUUCAAACAGAGUUGGCGCAGAUGAAUGUUCUAUUGAGCUGAAUGUCACCCCUCCUAUAAAUACAGCUGGUAUAAUUGCUGGAGCUAUUGUAGGAACUCUGCUGGGUCUCUCCUUACUGGCUUUUCUCGUCUUCUGUUGCUGUAAAAAACACAGAGAGAAGAAGUAUGAGAAAGAAGUACAUCAUGAUAUUAGAGAAGAUGUUCCGCCUCCAAAAAGUCGCAGUUCAACAGCCCGCAGCUACAUAGGCAGCAAUCGUUCUUCUCUGGGCUCAAUGUCUCCCUCAAAUAUGGAAGGAUAUACCAAAACUCCAUAUAGUCAAGUCCCAAGUGAAGACUUUGAACGUACUUCUGGUCAAAACCAAACCUUUGCAUCUUCAAAGGUAGCUGCACCUAAUUUAAGUAGAAUGGGAGCUGUCCCAGUGAUGAUUCCAGCACAAAGCAAAGAUGGGUCCAUAGUAUAGAAUAUUAAUUUAAAUCCUGUUUUUUAAUUGUUCAUUAUAAGUAUUAGUGUUCCAUCCCUCGUUUAAACAAUGGCAUGCAAUUUUCCUUGAAGAAAACAAAGUUAGUUUGAAAAGCCACCAAUUCUCAUUUUUAAAUUUAAACUUAGUAGUGUGUAACAGUUGAACUAUUUGCUGAAAGCAUGGAAGUUCAUAAAUACCAGACACUGAAGGUGUUUGGACCUCUGGUAGGUUCCUGAAGAGACACCGUCUGCUAAUGUGCAGCUCUGAAUAUGAAACAGUAAUACACAGUUGACAAGUAACAAAACUAUUUUGUAUGUAGACCAUGAUGUUUCUCAGAGUUCUUGAAAUUUCAGCCUCGGUUUUGGAGUAAUAGUAUUUUAAUAUGGCCACUGUCUGAAGUUGCAGUGGGGCUGAAAUACAGAGGAUGGCUGUGAAUUCUGUUCAAACUGAGUAUUUAUGCAGCUCUUUAACUUCAUAAUGUUUAUCUGGAGUGCUUCUUGAACUUCUAUUUCAGGGGCUGCCAGUUAUCUGAUUGGUUCAGUUAAUAUAAUUAAAUCUAUUCUGAGUUUAAAAUCUCAGUAACUGGAAAUGCGAUAGGAGACCUUGUGAGCUCUUUGAAAUUCAAAUUUUACCGCAAUAACUAGUUCUAGUCAUGUCAGAUAACUUAAGUUAUCUGGUGUAAGACAUCCUAUCAAAUUGUUAGUAGUGGUAUCUUUAACUUUAAAAUCUGUAGCUCAACUGUUAUAUUGUCACAGUAAGAAUGAAUAUGUAUCUCUACAGGUCUUAAGUUAAUUGUAGCUUGCAUUUUCCAAAGCCUCCUUAGGUUCUAAGGCAGUGUUCUUACUUCUGAUAAACCAAUUACCUAGAAGUUUCAUUGGGCUUUAAUAAAGCUGUUAAUUAACUGGUAUUUGAUAUGUUCUCUUGCUCUCAUGGUUCUUCAGAAAAAUCUUCACCACAUUCAUGUUAAGUGGUAGUUAGCCUUAAGAUGAUGAUACAUUUUUAUAUGAAUUUGCAAGGAAUUGAAAGCUUACUUCUCCUUGCCUGUUUAAUGGCCCUAAAUGUAUUAAUGGAUGUUUAGAUUUUCAGCACCAAAAGUUUCAUGUGGACAGAAUCUAGGAGAAAAUAGUUAUCCAGAAUUGCUGGUAUGAACAUGUUUCAAGAGUCCAUUCAAAAAAAAAAAGCCUUCCCAGUUUUUCUAUCUUAAAGCAUUACAGGAGGUAUAAAACAAUUACUUACCUUAGUUUCACACCUGCUUAAAGAUUUUCAAUAGUUCCUGAUUACUGAUACUACAUAUCUAUGGAAGCUAGAUUUAAAGUUAAGUGCAGUUUGAAUCUUUUUUUUUCCUUCCUGUUUUCUAAUCUCCUUCUCAUCUUGUGCUUGGGAGUGUGUAGGGGGGGAGUCCCUUCAGCUUACUCUAGCUAUAGAUGUUAGGCUACUAAUUACUUUGGAAAACUAAAUGAAUAUGGUAUGUGGCACAGAGGCUGAUGGAGAAAAUAUCUGAAAGAGCCUGUUGAAAGAUGUUAGGAUUGUUUGUAUGUAGCAACAGUGAGAUAAAAGGUUUCCCCAAACUUCUAGGCUUAGGAUCUACUUUCUUGUAGCUUCUUAAAUCUGUGAUAAAUUACUUGGCUUACUACUAAAUGUUUCCCCUGUCUUGUAGUUAUGUGCACCAUUUUUGGUUGGCACUGUUAACAUAGAUAACGUACCCUUCAUACCGAAUUUAGAUACUUGAAUGGCUACUAAGUAUUCUAGACUCUAAAAUUUUACACAUCUUGGACUUUUUUAGAUUGUAAACUGAUACUGUUAGAGAUCAGAUUUUUUAUCUUUCAUGUGUGCCUUUUCAAUAAACUUUGCCUGAUUGUAUCUUCAGUUUUUAAUGAAAUUUCUGGUGCCUAAAUUUACUGUUUAGACAGGUGCUUAGAUGAUGGUACAGUUUUUAAAACAUGACACUGUGAUCUGAUUUUUUGAUUCUUAUGUACUAUUUAUACCUCUUCAUGCCUAUUUUUGGAUGUGAUUUCAGUGACUCUCUGUAUUGUUCUGUAUUUCAAAUUGUGAGUUACUCUUUCAAUUGGUAGUGAAAAUGUGUUCAUAUUCCUGAAAACUCUUCAGUUGUACUAAUGAGAUGGAUGAUUGACUCUCACUUGUGUGGUAAAUAAUAGGUUUAAUAACUGUGCCAAACUCAAGCUUAUGAAGAACAAUAGAUGAGAUGACAUUUUGCAUCCAAUUACUGUGACAGAAGAGACUUUAAAGAUAUUUUAAUCAUAAACUGGUUGUUUACCUUGCAACUAAGGCCUUCCUUAAUUAAAAGGGUAUGGUUAUUUGGAUCAUAAAAACAAGCUGAGUACAAAACUAGAACUGAAUCACAGACUGAGAGAUAGCUAGACACCUAAGCAAACAGGCAACAAACCUACUGAAUUUGAUUCCUAGCCCUCUAUGGACAUAAUGUGAGAUGAGGUGUGGUUUUUGUUUGCUUCUGCUUUUUUUUUUCCUGUCUUGAGACCCUGUGCUUUCCGUCAGGUAAGCCCUAGGACACUCGAGAAAUUUCUCACUCAAGCAUGCAGAGCAGAGUUUACACAUACUUAAUGCUCUGUCAGAUUGCACAAAACAAUAAAUGGACAGAAUGGAAAGACAGCAUGAUAUGCCCUCAGAGCCUCGCUGUUAGGCUUAGCAGCCUUGACAGUGUCUGUCCAUUUAUGUAAUUGCAUGGAAAAUAAAAGGAAUGGAAUCUGACAUAGUCCUUAUCUGAAAUAAAGAACCUCUGACUUGGGGUAAAUUUUGCCUCAAGUUGCUAUCAUCAUGCCUUUUUGAAUGAAUAAAACACUACUGUAUAAACUCAGUACCACUAUUAUAAAUUAUUUCUUUAGUCACUAGAUUCAUAACUUACACUGGAUUAUGAUUCUGAAAAGCAGCUACUAUACUUCGCAAUGUUUUUUAGUUGUGUAGGACAUGAAUUGAAUAAACACAUAAGGUGUCUGAUGUUACAAAUAAACCUGCUGACAGAAAUUUUCUAGGAAUUAGUGGCAGCUGAUAUACCUGUUAGAAGGUGGCAUUCUUAAGGUCUCAUUUUAUUUAAAAAUAAAAAAUAAAAAAGGGGGUGGGUGGGUGGCGAUAGCAUUAUGUAAAUACUCUAAAUGAAGCUGAGAAAUUACUAGUUAAUGUCAUGACUGUAAACUUGCCUGUUGAGGACUACUAUAUAUAGAAGAAACCCCUGAAUUAUAGUAUGGUGUGAAUAAAGUAUUAGAAUUGUAAUACUGUAGAGGUUAUGUAACAUUUGUCCAUACAUUACAAGCCUUUUCAUAAACUUUUGAAAUGGAUAUUUAAAGACAUUUGUGUUAAUCUUCCUUACCUGAAAAUGAAUUAUGUAGUGCACAGAAAUGCCUUGUUGGAGAGGUAAAAUUACUUUUGAAGCAAAUGUACAGUGCAUACACCUUUGUCAACCAUGAUAGUCACAUUCAUGUUAGGUGUGUGCUUCCUGCUUGAUAGUACAAGUAAGACUUUUUAAUUACAAGCUUUCUCUGUAAUAAUGUAUAUUGUAUAUUGCUGUUUUCCAUGAUAGCUUUUUGGUUUUGUUCUUGACUGUGUAUGUUCUGGGUCACUUUAGAUCUUUGUGGCAGUCUGAAGACACAAUUCUAUUCGUAUCACUUAAACGUUGUUUUAUACACUUGAUAGGUGCUUUAUAGGGCCCUUUGGGUGUUGAGGCACAGCUCAAAUGAAACUGGAGCAAUAAUAUUUCCUGGAAUCCAAAAUCUUACAUUAUGCUUCUCAUGCAUAAAGCAUGAACUUGAAUAUCAAUACAAAUUUCAGUAUGAAGUUUUAUAUUCACAUUUUUGGGGGAAUGAUACCAUAAAAUAAAAGUACUGUUUGUGAAUCUGUAAAAACAAAUCCAAAAUUUUAAAAUGUUGUAGUUCCAUGACAGACUUGUGUACUUUUUGAAAUAAAACUGUUGGA